CCUUACUUUUGUACAUCGAAUAAUGCAUUGGCUAAAUGGCUAAUUCAACCGAUAACCACGGACACUGCUGUUCAGGUGAAAUAUCAAAUCCGUCUGUUCGUCAAACUCUUGAUGAAUUAGAAUUUGAAAGAGGAAUUUGGUCUUCUGCUUUAAAUGGAGAGGUUGAAAAAAUCCAACAACAUCUUACAAAGGGAGUUAAUCCAAAUACUGUUGAUACCUCUGGAUACACUGCUUUGCAUUAUGCAAGCAGAAACGGCCACCUCAGUGCAUGCAAGGUUCUUCUAGAUAAUGGAGCAGAUCCGAACAUAUGUACGAAGUCUGGGUUGUCAAGUGCUCUUCAUAGAUCAGCGAUGAAAGGCCAUGGCGCUAUAGUACAGCUUUUGAUGUCAUACAGAGCUGACUGUUCAGCCCGUGAUGCAGAUGGAAAAACGCCACUACACAAGGCAGCUGAAAAUGGUUUUGAGGACGUUUGUUCGACACUAAUCAAUGCAAAUCCCACGUGCAAGAUUGUUUUGGAUAACAAAAACAAAACCCCAAUGGACUAUGUUCCUACCGACAACAUAGAGCUAUUAAAACUUUUCUCCUCGUGACAUAGAUCCUGUGAUGAUAGAAGUACAUUUACGUUGGUAUGAUUGAAUGAUAUGUGAUAUUCCCAUAUUAAAUAUGCGCAUAUGUAUGGAACGGAUUAUACUCGUAUGAUCAUGGUAGAGUUAAACAGAAUUGACAUUGUCUAAGGAUCAAUGAAUACGAACGCUUUCAGUAUGUUCCUGCCUCUUCGAAUUGUGAAAUUUGCUUUUAAAGAUUACAUUCAUAAUACAUGGUAAUUCUUCUGACAAACAAAAUUCUUUAUAGUCACCUGUUAACUACAUUACUUUUAAUUUCUUUAUAAAAUUUGCUUUGUCACAUAACAUACAUGACACAUAGGUUACUCUUCUAUCAAAAAAAUAUCCUGUUAGUCACAUGUAAACUACAUAACAUUUUCAGUUACUUGAUUAAUUAGUUUGGUAAACCUCUUUUGGAAACUGCAUAGGUGAAAUUUUUUCAAUAUUUUUUUUGAAUUGAAGUGAAUCAAACGUUAAUAUAUAGAUAAUUUCCAGAUAUGUUUUUUUUUAUUGUAACAAUAUAAGGUAUAUAACAAGGUUACUUAGUAUUUAUAAAAUCUGAUUUAACACAAUCACUGUAACACAAAAAGAUGCACAAAAGAAACAGGUAAUUGGUCAUGAAUUUAAUAUUAAUGCUACAUCAAGUUAUUUGGAAGUUUUGAUUAAAAAAAUGUGAUUGUGUCCUGAAUAGCUUCUUCUGUCGAUUGAUCAGAUAACAUCGAAAUUGAACGUGGCAAAAUAGGAACAUUUUUAAAAGAAUCGGCAAUACUAAGCCUAUGGGGAUUUGUGCUACCCGCACUUAAUAUGCUGAUUCUCUGUCCAGAGGAACUGGCAUAUGAACUUAGAGAUGCCAAACUUAGUCUGUCAGUCUUGCCAUUUGAUAUUGUAGAUGAUGGAGUAGCCGCUUUGAAUAGGGUACCACAAGUAGUCGCAUUGAUAAUGCUUGAACGAUUUUACUUCAUAUAUAUCGUCAUUCAAAUGAUCUGAUUGAACGAAGUUGAAAUCUGGUGAAUAACAUAAGGAAUCGCUACUAGACAAUCUCCUUCGACGACCAACUGAACGGUUACUACUACUAGUAGCUGAUAAUUUAGAAACCCGAGAAAUGUGGCAUCCUUCUUUCUGACUUUCAAUGAAUUCAUUUAUUGCAUUUGGGACUAGUUGUAGUUCUUGUGUUUCAGAUAUUGGUUGGAGAGGUCGCAUUCUCACUGCAAGUUCUUGUAUCGCUUUCAAAAAUGACUGUAACGAUUUCCUAUUCCUCUUUAGAAAAAUUCCCAAUGAGAUCGGAUUAAAAAUGGGUAAAAUAGUCUCAACAUAGUGGAUAAACAGACUCUUAGUUCUAAAGACGUACCUGUCAUAAAACAAAUUAUUAACAAACAUAUCCAUUAUUACAACAUAGCUGUAAGGAAGUGCCAUAAAUACUAUAUGGUAAAGAAUGGAGUAGAUAGCUUGUUUUAGAAGUUUCCCGGUCACGUUUUGUUGCGAUCUCUGUCUGUUACUCGUGCUUUUCAGAUGACGCUCCAUCAUAGUUUGUCUUUUAUGAACGAUUUUUAAAACAUACAAAAUAAGAAAAGUGGCAAGAAUGACAAAGCCUAACAUUGGUAUUCCAAUAAAGGUCACUUGCAAAAGGUAUAGUGCAACAUAUCUUGAAAUAUCUGGUAUUUCCAAUGUGAUCAUGAGUAAAAAGAUACAGAAAGCCACUAAAACAAUUGGAAUCGGCAGCCACUGUCUGAUCUUUGAUCUGCUAACCAUUGGGCUAUUUCUUGGAAUUUCUAUUUUCUUAAGAACUACAUAUCGGGCUGUCGAUAGUGAUAAUGUGAAACAGAUAUACAAUCCACGGAACAGGAAAUCCAAUGGUUCUGUAAAAUGGAAAUUACAUAAAAUAGUUACAUUCGAAUAUUGAAUAUUGAAUUUGAAUUAUAAUUGUUAAAUUGAGUGAUAUCUGUUAUGUUAUCCUUUCUUAAUAUUUCGUUCGCAAUAUACAUUA